AUGUUCCCAUUCACGAUUACAAAAGCUUCCGACUCUAUCUGCGCAAACCUGACAGGCGGUUUAUUCUUCUCGAUGCCCUUUUUAGUAUCUUUGAUGGGUGUGGCUCUUUCCUACCUCAAGAUCAAGCAGGUAUUACCUGAGAAGUCAAGUGAGCAGAAAGAAGAAGAUGAUAGAUGGACGGUGGUUACAUGUUUUCGGGAAAUGUUAGGGGCGAUUAAAGGGUUGCAGAAGCCGAUGUCGCUAAUGACGGUUACAUCAAUAAAUUGGUUGGCGUGGUCAAUGAUCUUCAUGUACAUUUAUGAUUGGAUGGGGAGGGAGGUGUACAAUGGGAAGCCUAGGAUUAAAGUGGAUACAGUGUAUGACACAGGCUACCGGUAUGUAAAUUGUGGUCUUAUACUAAAUUGGUUUGCUAUGGGUGCUAUGUCCUUGGUUGUGGAACCCAUUGGACGUGCGCUUCGUGGGACAAAAUUCCUUGGGGGCUGA